GUGAGGAAGAGGAAACAAUAGGUUUGCUGGCCACAGUGCUAGCCGCCUGUGGACUUUGCUGCUCUGUGAAUACACCUCCAGCAACCGGUGUAAUACCUGUAUUUAUAAUCUUAAGUAGACAUGCAUAAUAGUGUACGACGCCUUAAUUUCUGCAUGGCGCUGACGUUGUUUACAGCGAGCUGGUAGCGAGAUCUGAAUGGAAUGGAAACAGGCUGACCUCUGAUCUGUUCACCGUGUGCUGCUGCUGCUGCCGCCGCCUCUAGCUCCAGCGCUCGGACAGAAUGCCAUGGGGAACUGCUGGACUCAAUGUUUGGGGCUAUUUAGAAGGGAGGCCAACAGAAUUCAGAGAGGAGGGGGCUCUAAGUACUUUCGAAGCAGCACAGUAGGCGAACACUACACAAUAGAGUUUGAGAACCUUGUGGAGAGUGAUGAGGGUGAGAGUUCACAGAGUUGUCAGAGGCCCAUCAGCGAGGAGGAGAUUGGCCAUCUGAAGGAGCAGCGCUACGUUGCUAUCGCCAACCAGCAGACGCUCAUUGACGAGAAGCUAAAUGCGGAGUUAGUGGCACAGGAAGAGAAGUUAAGGCUAGAAGAGGAGGCUAUAUACACAGCCCAGCGCGAGGCUGCGAAGCUCACAAAGGAGCGAAAGCUAAAGGAGCAGCAGCUUGCACAGAGGAGCAGGGGAAGAGCGGAGGCAGAGGGCAGCAGCGCUCAUCGCAAGCACAGGCCAUCAGGGGGAGAGUUUGAAGUGUACUUGCAGAGCGUGAAGGCUCAGUCGGAGGCGUUUCGCAGCAGCCGACUCUCUUCUGAGACAAAUGUAGUAACUCCUAACACAGAGAGCAGCUGGGACUUCACCAGUAAAACUCGCUCCACUAACGACGAUGCCACCUCACUUGACCUGGAGUGGGAGGAUGAGGAAGUAGGUAUGAACCGGAUGGGUCCUGCGUGGGAGCGCUCUAAGACUGAAGAGGACAUCCUGCGUGCUGCGCUCCGUCCUGGUGGUAAACAGCUGGGCAGUGGCCCUGCCUCCGCCUCGGAAGAUUCCAAUGCACUGGAGUGGGAGAACGACUUUGUCAGCGCACAUGCUGAAGACAGUGGGGACCAUGGUGAAGAGGAAUUUGAGGGAUUUGUUAAUCCGGUACUGGACACGCCAUCUGAGGAGGCCGAGGUCAAACCUAUCGCAGACCAGCAGGACAGAUAGUCUUAGCAAGGCUGAGGAUGGAGCAGUGAAGACCUAAUUUGAUCUGAUUGUAAUCCUUCAACCUGGAGCUGUUCUACUGUAUGUAAUCAGAAUCAUUUAAUUCAGCCUUAUUUAAGAGAUGUUGAGCUUGAAUCAAGUGCAAUUUUUAAGGUCUGGACUGAUGCAGAAAAGUCACAUUUAGGGUUUGUUGAAAAGGGUUUAGUGAAAAAUGUCACAUUGAGGGUUGGUUGAAACAUUCUCAUAUCUGUCUGUCUAUAGUUUGGUCAUUACAUUACAUUACCCUGAUCUUUGUAUUUGGUUUUAGCCUUUGUGUUUUCAUGAAAUAAUUCAAAAUAUUUAAUUUGCAACCACAGGGACAGGGCGAGCAUACCUCAUUGUCAUAACCAGGGAGUGGUGCAGAGACGCUGAAUGUUAUGCUUGGACCUGUAGUUUGCAUUAAUCUUGAGAAAACUGGUUAUCUGUCUCCCAGUAACACAUCAGGAGCCAAUGAUCUUUUGCACUCUUUUCAACAGAAGUGGUAACUGUAGGCUGAAGUAGAUAAAAAUGUGUUGUCACAAUAUACACCUUGUUUAAAAGAAAUACCCCUCUCCCCAACAUUUACUAAGCUUAGAUAAGUAGAAAAGAUGAUUGUAACAACUUUGUGUUACAGAUGCCUCAAGGACACACUCAGAAAUUAAAAUGUAAGAACUCCACAAGUGCUUUUUGAAGAUUGAAUUGUAAUCACGUUUCACUUGCCUUCACUUACCUUUCACUUCCAGUAACUGAAUAAUGGAGGAUGUGCAACGAAGAGUUUGACGUCCAUUUAAUACGGCAGUGUUUACAAACUGCAGCAACCAAAUAGCAGAGAUAAAUAUUUGGUUGUCUUGGUUUACAAGUCAAAAUGGGCUGCUUUUGAGCUUGUUUUAAAAACAACUGCCGUUAAACUUUCCAAAUGCUUAUUAAACAUUUUCUCAAGUUUUCAACCAGCAAAUAGGACCAUGCUGAUUAAAUGUGAUUCUGUUGUGGCAAAUGAAGCCUUUGUAGUCAUUGUACAUUAAUAUAUCUAAAUAAAUAUAAGCCCUGUCUUCUGUAUGACCCAAUAAUCAUGGUUGUUGACUCUAUUAGAAAAAGCAAAAGGCCAAGAAGGUGACAUGUGGCCUGCUUUCAGUUGAUGUGAAAGUGAAAAUCUUUGGGUUUUUCCAUGGUAGUAAUCAUGCACUCAUUAACCUGACAUAGUUUCAUCAGGCAAUACAGUUUUAUUACAUAUCUUAAUGUACCAUACAGGGACCUGUAGAGGAAUGCAAUGUAUUUGUAUAGCACAAUCAUUCCAGAUGUUUCUGCUUUAUGUCAAAAGUACUUUUCUCAACCACAAGAGAACCUUUCAUCUGAAUGUACUGUGUGCAUGGAUAUUGGAUUUUGAUUUAUUUUUAUGCUUUGUGCAAGUUUGGAUGUGGAUCUCUAAACUGAGGUUUUUUACCAUGUUAUAAAGGAAAUUUCUUUGGUUUGUUUUUGACCUUGUUUCUUGUAAAUGUUUGGCUGCUGUACAGGCAUUUCCCUUCUCUCAUACAAUGGAUUCACUUUUAAAAUACAUCUUUUGCUGUUUUAUUUUGUAUUCAUGCUUACAUUUGACAUAACUCACUGAAUAGUUCCCUCCCUCCACCUCAGUUCAGCAGAGGGUUGAUAGCUUUAAUGAUUAGAAAGAAAAGGUUGAUCCAAGAUUUGUUGUUGAGCCUUGUUGUAAUUUAUUACUCACUGUUGUUACGGAUGUUUUGUAUAAAUGGAAUGACAUGGUUAAAUCCGACCUGUGCGGUGUAAAGACACAGUACAUUCUGAGCAUUCCAAGAGUUGCACAAUUCUGUUCCUCCACAGUUUCAUAUGGAUCUCCAGAUCUGAUUGAAAAGCAGACAUCAUUCAAACCGAAUGUAACAUUAGUUUUGGAAUUCUGGCCUCUCCCACUUGAGUUUGACUGCUAAUAAAAAACGAAAUGGGUUAUAAA